AUGGCUCUCUCACUUCUAUCGGUCUUCAUCUUUCUUCAAGUCUUUAUCUAUGUUGCAUUCGCUUCUUCAAAUGAAGAAUCCAAGGCAUUAGGCACUUUACCAACGCCACCGACGUCUCCGGUAAUCAAACCGCCGUCCCCCACGUACAAGCCACCCACGCUGCCUACUACUCCCAUUAAACCACCCACCACAACACCUCCGUUCAAACCUCCGACCACUCCGGUUACACCAACGAAACCACCGGUUAAAUCAUACCCAACUCCUCUGGUCAAACCACCCACACUACCACCUGUCAAACCACCCACGUACAAACCCCCAACACCACUAAUCAAACCACCGCCGGUUCAACCACCUACGUACAAACCCCCAACGGCUAAACCACCCACAACACCCGCAACCAAACCACCACCGGUUCAACCACCUACGUACAAACCCCCGACACCACCGGUCAAACCAACUCCAACUACUCCGGUCACAGCACCACCUCCAGUGAGGACUGGGAUAAAUUGCGUGUCUUUAUGUGGGACCCGGUGUGGCCAACAUUCGAGGAAGAACGUAUGUAUGAGAGCGUGCGUCACGUGCUGCUACCGCUGCAAGUGUGUGCCACCUGGCACUUACGGUAAUAAGGAGAAGUGUAGUUGCUACGCCAAUAUGAAGACACGUGGCGGCAAAUCAAAGUGUCCUUGA